AUGUGGAUUUGUGUGUCUGAUGACUUCAAUAUCUUCAAAAUCUUACAAAAAAUUCUGGAGUCUAUUACUAGUUCUAAAUGUCCAGAUUUCUCAAACACUGAUGUAUUAGUAAAGAUAGUGAAGAAGGAAUUGGACAACAAACUUUAUUUGCUGGUACUUGAUGAUUUGUGGAGUGAAGAUCCCAUGGAAUGGGAUAAACUUAAGACUGUUCUCGACGUCGGGGCUGUUGGUAGCAGAAUUAUGGUCACCACGCGUAGCCAAAAUGUUCCAUCUGUGGUACAGGGUACGAUUCCUCCUUACAGUCCAGAUGUAUUAUCAGAAGCUGAGUGUUUUGUGCUUACUGGAGAUCCAGCAACACACCCAAAUGGAAAGUGA